AUGGCAGGACUUUGGAUUUUCAGAGAUGAAGUCACUUUCGACGCUUUUGGGAAAGAACAAGGUGUCAGGGCUGUCUAUGAAAGGGAAAGAGUAGCUACUGCUUACAGCUUGGCCCUGCGCCUCUACCGCCGCUACGAUGCCGUUGCUGAUGUUACAACGGCCGCCCGUCCAGAGGCGCCUAAUGUUCGAAGACGAAGGGAAAAUUUUAGGUGCAAUGCAACUUCUAUGGGAGUCCAAUCUCAGCUGGGUACUCUCGCUCAAAUUAUUAAAGCUAUUGAUCCAAAGCUACACCAGCAUCUUGGUAUUGGAAACUGA